AUUUAUCUAUCUAUCUAAUCGGAGAAAAGAAGAUACAUAAGCAUCCUUUUGCAUAUUACAUUUAGGCUCUUUCUAUGGCGUCACAGACCACAUGCAGUCUUAUAUAAAGUUAAUAUGUAAGGAUAUGAAUUGUGCAGCGUUGUGAUCGCUUAUAACAACUCUAUGGCGUCCUCUGUGUCAGUAGCAGUCACAAUACAGCAGUGUAUUACCGUAUUACUUAGUGUACAGGUGGCCGAAUUACAAACAGUACGCGACUCCCUCUCUAAGUGCACUAGGCUGUAUUCGGUAGUGUGGCCACUGCGCACUAUCUAGUGCACUACGUGUCCUAUAGGGGGCGGUUUACAACCCAGCCGCAGAGGACAACAGAUGUGUCAUGGCGGACUCCCUCGACGAAGGAGCAAAUGACUCGAAGAAAGCCGUUUGUGGGACUAACAGGAAAGAGAUGAACGCCAUUACAGAAUCCGGUUCACGGAGAGUCUCUAACUUAAUCGCCAAAUCACAAUAUUGUGAAAAACUGCAGGAAUGGAUGUGGCAGUAUUACUGCGGGUAUGUGAGCUAUCAGAGCUGGGGGACACAAGCAGCGUGUGGGAGCCUUACAACACCAACAGGGGGGGCGGAUCUGUCUAACACAGACCUGCACAACUGGAUCACGUAUUCGUCUGGUGUCCCUUUCGCUUCAUUUCCGUCCAUUCCUGUCCCCUCUAACAGUACGGCUGCUAAUAGCGUCAGUGAACGACAGAUCUGGAAUAAUGUCCCGAGUCAGAAUGGUCCUGUCCCCCUGCAAGUGCAACAAAAUGGAAACGCCCAACAGCCAGGUGGAGAAUAUUUUAUUCCUUCUCUUCUCCAUCGCUUCCUGGCCGAGAUAGUGGACUUCUUCAUUCUCUUUUUCAUCAAAGCAACCAUUAUCCUGAGCAUAAUGCAACUGAGUGGAAUGAAGGACAUAUUAAAAUUUGCCAUGCACUUUAUUGUGGAAGAAAUAGAUGAAGACACAUCCAUGGAGGAUCUGCAGAAGAUGAUGCUCAUGGCUCUUGUGUACCGGAUACUGGUGUGCUUCUAUGAGAUUAUAUGUGUUUGGGGAGCUGGUGGAGCCACGCCAGGGAAGUUUCUGCUUGGCCUAAGAGUGGUUACUUGUGACACGUCAGUCCUGGUCCAGCCCGGCCGAGUGCGUGUGGUGCCUGCUACUAACGUCAGUCUCUCAGCGAUAAAAACAUCCUACAGUCAUCAGCCACUUCAGGAGGAACAGCUGUACACCUGCACAUUAAGGUCGACCAUCCGAGCUCUAAACAAAAAUUUCUCCAUUGCAUUUUUUUUCCCGGCGUUUGUCACGCUGCUCUUUUACCAGCACAACAGAACUGUGUAUGAUAUUGUGGCAGGGACUAUAGUGGUCAAGAGAAACAGACUCCGGUGAUGUGUGAAUUUUACCUGCUGAGAAAACAACUCCACCUGAAAGACUGAUCCAAAGAGCUGCUGGGUCACAGGAAAGAGAGAAAAUGAGGAAGUCCGCUGAGCUGACAAAUAGAGACAUGCUUGACAUCAAGUCGUUUUCACUCCAGGUUCUUAGAGAGAACUUGCUGUAGAGAGAAUUUUUUGAAUUUUUUGAGCAAUUGAUUUAUUAUUAUUUCUUGCAGUUGUUUGGCAUGUACAUGAAUUUUUUAAUUUUUAUUAUUAAGAAUUGCAAUGCAAUGAGUAACAUGCAAAUUCCAUUAAUUUUGUAUUUUUUUUUAAUGCUAAUUACUGUGUUAAGCAUUGGGAUCUGUAUAUCAUCACCUCAAACAAAAGAAUCAGUCAGAAGUAUCUAAAUGUUUAUCAAAUCUUCAGCAUUGAACAUUUUGUUACCGCGUUCCUUAAAUAACAAAGAUGCACUGGAUUAAUGACUUUUUAUAUGUGUAAUUUUUUUUCUUCAUUAACACUUCAUUUGGCCUCAUCUACAGCUCGACAGUUCAGACCAGGGCCACAGAAAUCUGGCAAAACAUCGUUCGUUAAAAAACCUCACAGUAUAACAAUAGUUAUUAAUUUAUCCGACUCUAUAUAUUUUACUGAUUGUGCCUUUAAUAGAAAUGUGCUAUUAAAUUUCUCCUGUAUGUAAA